CCAGCAACCAGUUAACAGCCUCGUCUACUCACACUGAAAUAUGGAUGAAACGAUGAUACAAGUCAACGGCUGUCAGACUGACCCCCUCUGCAUGGGCCCAUAAACAUGUCCACAGAUGACAGUAUCUCUGAGGAUGCGUCCAGCUCGGGGGCUUUGAGCCAUUGCCAUGUCAGUGCUGACGGCGAUGUGUGUAAGGAGAGUGAGACCUCUUUGGUGUCCUCUGAGGGGACAUCAGCCUCGGGUCUGGCUGUCUUAGAGGAAAGACACACAACCUCCCAAACAACAGGAGGCACUGUGGAGAGCAGGCCCAUGGACAUCACACCAGCAUGCAACAAGAUCAGGAGUCUGUGUCUGAGCACAGAUGAAGCAUAUGAACAAGGGAAGAGCCUCCCAUUCAUCAACCCUAGCUCCCUGGAGACCCUUCGGGCUUUGGUGCAGGAGAUCCAGAGCAGCGGAGAGACAGACCCUGAGAUCUGGAAGGAUUGUGAGGGCCGAUGGUUGCAUCUGUUUCAGCUGGUCGAGAAGCAAUACCAAGAACAAAUACUCGCCCAGCAAGAACAAUACCAGUGCCAAAUACAGUUGAUUCAGGAUGAAAUUAAAGCUCUGGUUCAGCUCCAGAACCGCCAGGCCAGCAUCCAGCCAAACACAGAGUUCUCUCCAACUUCGGUGACCAAAACUACCACAAACACAAAGGAUUAUAUUUUCCCGCUCAUCUCCAGUGGCUGCACAGUCCCCAAAAAUGUGACCCGUGACAAUGACAGCCUGGCAGUUCCUGCAUAUGUACCUUUUAGCUCCCCUUCACCUCCACUCCAGAGAUCAGAGAUCGCCAACCAGGGGGAGGAGCGGGCGGCCACAGUGCUCAGCAGUGGCUACGGGACUCUGUCUGCUUGGGAAACAACUGUGGAACCUGCUGGGUCUCCGGGGGAAGAUGAGGAUGGUAUUCAAGGCAGGGAGAAGCAUCAUUGGUCCCUUAACUUCCAGGAAGACACAGAGACAACUGUUGGGUGCCUGCAGGAUUAUUCUCAUGUAAGGACUCUCGGAGUGGAUGAAACUAACCCAUUACUCUACCAGCAGAGAACCUCUGGCACCAGUCAGUUUCUGACAUCCUGGGCCCAGAGGCAGAAACUCAGGCCCAAGACGAGCAAAGCAGAACAAGCUUCAUCCCAAAUCCUUGAGUACCAGGAGCAGCCAUGCAGCCCCAGAGAAUCUCACAAGCAAAUCCCCCGGGAGAGCUCAGACUUCCAGGACCAGCAUCGACCGGCUGGGCUGUCGUCCAGCUCUUUCCCCCUGAGGAGGAGUGACAGCCUGAUGUCUGAGGCAUCAGGCCUCACUUAUUGGCGUUUGCAUGAGAGUGAACUGUAUCAUCCCCUACCGGACAGCUUCGACAGCGGCGCUUUCCUCCUGCAAGAUGCCUCCAUGAGUCUUACUCCAUCUCAGGAGCCUCGUCUGUCUCUCAGAGAAAUCUAUCAGACCAAGCAGAGAACAGAUGGUAAACGUUCAGACUGGGAAGGCUCUGUUACAUCCAGUCCUUUGUCACCACAGGUCAUGAACUUGGACCCGUCUGCUAACCAGCAGCAGUCAGAUCGUACCUCUGGCUUCACUUCGCCCUCUCACUUCAGCAGCCCUUCGUUCGCUGCUCAGCCCCACCUCUACCACCAAGUAGGGACCCCUGUAACCCCUGACAGCAUGGUGGAGUGCAGUCCCAACCCCGGAGAUACAGACUGCAACUCUGACACCUCCAGUGUUUCAGCUGCCGGGCCUUCCCCUUCUAAGUGGCAAAGCUCGUGGGGAAACGUAUCCCAGGCCGUCCUGUUUACCUCCCAGGGUAAGAACCAGCUCUGCUCUCACACGUCCAGCCAGCAAUGCAGAGCCAGUGCCCCCUUAGCCAGCGAGGAGGAGGGCAGUAACACCCACACCAGCACCCUGAAGCCUCGUUCAGCCUCCGAUGCAACUCAGCGGCCUGCAGUCAGUCCACACACGGAAAGAGCGUCAUCACUGGAGGAUCCUGUCGUCGUUUCUCUACUGAGGCAGAACCUGAGAGAGAAGCACUCUCGACAUGUGGCUGAUCUGAAAGCAUAUUACGAGUCUGAGAUUCAAAUCCUGCGAGACAAACUGAAACUCAGAGAUCUGCCCCAGGAUUUAGAGAGGAGCAACCAGGCCCUCACAGAGAGGUGCAAACACCUGGAGAAAGCUCUGGCUGAGGCCAUCAGUCGCAUACAGGAACUAGAAGCAACAAACAGCUUGCUGGAGAAGAAACUGGCAGAAUGGCCGGAGCGGUACGCUGUAGCGGGUGCAACUGUGAAAUCCUUGCAACAGCGACUAGAAGAAAGCAAACGCUCGGGCAAAGAGAAGGACGCCUCUGCAGCACGUUUGAAGACCCACGUACGGCAGCUGGAGGAGUCGGUGCAGAAAGCCUGCAGGGAGGCUGACGAGAGGGAGGCGAGGAGGGAGAGAGAGUCCAAGAUGCUGCAGGAUCUGUUUGGAGAAUAUGACUCUCUGGUGAAGGAGCACGAGGGACUGAAGAACAACUGUGUGUCGACGGAGAACAAGCUCGGCGAUGCCACCGAUCAGAUAUCAGAGCUGAAGAGAGCAAUCUCCAAAUUGGAGUCUCAGGUGAAGCAGCUGGAGCACGAGAACCAGGCCAGAGCACGUUAUUCUUCCCACAAUAACACACAACCUUCUGGGGCUGGUCUCUUCCACCAUCCUGACCUGCUGCCGUCACCCAGUAAAGGCAAGGCAGAGCCGGACGUCACCCGCAGGAAGUCGCCUUGUGAACAACAGAACACAGGCAGAAGAUCACCAUUCCCUCAAACAAACCAAUCAAGUAUCCACAAGAAGUCCCAUUAUCCAUUUAAUGACCAAUCAUCAGGAACUGGAAGCUCUGUGGAGACCUCUUCAGUUGGUGGGAGCUGGAGGUGUGCGUCCCCCCCAGAGUGUGAACAAUCUCUGCCUCAGCAGCACAGACACCCGGAGCAGAGCCAGCGGGAGGCCGGCCGCAGAGAGGGCUCCUGUGCCCUGACGCCCAUGAUGAGGGCCCUGAUAGAGCUGGAGGAGACCAGAGCGACAGAGAGCCGGGCCCCCUGUAAGAACAGCCCCACCACCUACAGGGUCGGCAGUCAGAGGCCCACAGUGGGGUUUGUGGAGCGGAGACACAAAGAGGUGCUUCAGGCGGACAGGGAGGUGGUCAAACCUGGAGGAGGAGUCGUGGCCAGAGCUGAGCUCAGAGGAGGCGGAGGAGUAAAGAAAAGAGCUGCAGCUCUGCUGAGAGCUCAGAGGAGUCUGUCUCCAGACGGCCACAGAUCCGCCUCGCUGCCCCCUCCUGAACAUCGAAACAAGCCCACAACUACACCCACAAAGAGAGGAACUUUAUUCAUGCCCAUGUCUGCAAAGUCCAGUCCUAAACGCUGCCCCACGGAGAACUACUCCACGGCUUUUGGUCACCUGAUGCCGAGAGAGCAACACGUGCACAACAGGAUUGAUGGAGAAGUUGACAAGAGACGUCAUUCAUUCCACAGCAGCAGUCCCAGGAAGAGACUCCAGUUUACCUCAGCGGACAGAGAAGAUGACCUCCAGCAGUCAGAGUCCUGCGGUAGCGUGAAGCCACAGGAGGGAAACUUCCAGCUGGGCUGGGAGGAGCAGCGAGUCUGUAGUGGACCCGACCUGCAGGACUCCUGUGAAGACGCCGCUCCAUUUCUCCUGGACAGAAUCCACUCGCUGGCUGAGGCUGAGAAACUGUUAGACGAGCUGACGCAAGAGAAGCUGCAGAUUGAGGCAGCUUUGAGUCGGAUGCCCGGAGCAGGCGGGAGAGUGACUCUACAGACCCGGUUAGAUGAGGUGGCCUUAGAGAAUCGUCUGGAGAGACUGAAUCGAGAGCUGGGAUCCAUCCGCAUGACUCUGAAGAGAUUCCACGUCCUGCGCUCGUCCGCCAACAUAUAGCAAAGUCUGUCUUUAUACAUCACAGUGUAGAAGCUACAACUUUUAUACACUGCACUGAUUGUCUUUCUGUGCCAUAACUCCAUCUGUACAGUAACCACAUGGCAUCUUUUUUAUACUUACACUUACUCUGGGAUAUUUUUGUAUAUGUCUGAAAGAUAUUUCAAUUUUUGGAGUAUAUUUUUUAGUAAUGCACAGAUUUGUAAAGUCGUUUACUUUUUUAGUCACAGAAAUAUUAAUAUGAUAUGUUUUACUCGCCAUAUUCAGGUGGAGAUUUUUAAAUCUGCCAUGUGAAUAAAUCAAAAAGGACUUUCCAGCAGAGACAUUCAUCCCCUGGGAAAAUAUCACUGCCAUUUUUAUUCAUGUGUUCAUGAACAUCUUUGACUUGACUUAAGAUGCAUUUGUUUUUUUGUAUGUUUUUGUACGUGUUUCACAUGUUUAUUUCUUUUCUAAGUACCGGUAGGUUUAUUCUGUUUGCUUUGGGCCAAAUUUAUCAAACUUGAAGAAAUCAUUUUUUUACUUGAAAUCGCCUUUUUUUCUUCGUUUACGUUCCAUUACUUCUUGUCACUUUCUUUGCUUUAUGUUUCACAUUUGUUACAGGACUGGACGCUCCGGAGCCACUUGUUAAAUCCAAACCAGCACACUUUUUCAAUCGACACACACACACACACACACACACACUUUCUUCAGUCGGUUGUUUUCCUCGAGCGAUGCUUGUGCAUGGAAUUUCUUGCACUGCUUCUUCUCCUUGCAGUUUUCCUACCUGACAUGAACUUCACUGGAACUAUAAUAUUGUUGUUGCACAAUAAAUUAAGCUUUUUUUUUUAAUAACUAGAA